AUGGAACCACAUGUUGAAUCACAUGUUGAUCCUUAUGUUGAACCAAAUGUUGAAACAUCUGUUCCAGCAUCUAGUGAAACACGGGCUAAACCCCCUACUAAACUAGUUAUUGAUAUUCAUGUCUUUGAUACACAUGUGAAUGACAUCUUGGAUGAAUAUGAUGAUUCUUCUGAAGAUUUGAGGGAUGAGAACCCUCAAAAUAAAGAUCUCGGGGUUCAAGGAGAAAGAAUUGUAGAAUUUGAUGAGGAUGAUGACAUUUUCCUAUUUCCAACAUAA